AGUCGAGUUUGCCACUCGACGUUUAGUCAGCGACCAAGUGUGUGGGGAUCCAAAUCCGUUUCUUUCUCCCAUCAAAAAUUCUCGAAACUGCGCAGACAAAGUCCACAAAGCCGAGCAUUAGGGCCCAGAGAUUCCCUAUCUGCACAGCGAGCUGAAAACAAGUGCAACAAAGACUUUUUCGGCUGCCUGCACUCUGGAUGAACUUUGCAGAGCGACGAGUGUAAGAAUAAAGAACACAUAACUCAGCAAAGCUGACGGAUCGGCCGAUCGUCUAUAUACUAGAGGCUUUCGAUCGCGGUGGAAUCGGACACAUUCCGUACAGCCUCCUAUAUAUGGCGACGAGCAGCUGCUGCGCAUUUGUGUUUGUCCUGAACCAGAUUGACAUCAUCGGUGCCAGGGAGCAAAGCCGAGCUGCAAUACAGAGCUGACUAACUGGAGCGACGGUUGGCGAGGACUGAUCCACGAAAGCCCAGAGGAACCACUACCCCUAUAGCACUGUCGAAGUAUUUCUACAAUGAACCCCCACAGUCAGCUGAGAAUCACCGUUUGGCUCUGUGUGAUUUUGGCCAUGAUCCUGGAUCAGCAGAUGCCUGCGGAGGCACGAGUGCGGGAUCUCUGCCAGGUGCAGCCCACCACGAAUGGACUGUGUGUGCCCACCACAGUGGGCAUCUACUACGACCCGGAGACGCAACGUUGCCAGUACAAGGGCUGCAGCAACAAGAGGCUCUUCGGCAGCCUGGAAGACUGCGACAAGAUCUGCAACAACAUGCGACACAUAAAGCGGCGGAACCAAGCAAAGGCCAAUGAAACGUCGCAUUGAAAACAUAAAAUACAAGCAAAAACCUUCGUU